AUGCACUUCUCCAAGGCUGUCUUCAUGGGCUCUGCUGGCCUCCUUGCCUUCACCCAAGUCUGCCCCGCAGCAAUCACCGAGGUUCUGAUCGGUGUUCUUGGCGGUGUUGUGGCCGGCGGAGUCUCCGGUGGCGUCGGUGCUGCAGAGAGCAGCAAGCGCGAUAUCGAGCAGGUCCACGCUCGCGACUUCCUCGCUCCCUACUUGAACAACAAUGUGAAGAAGAUCCGCAGCUUGCCUCCCGGCGUCUCCCAGGAGUCGUUGGACCAGUGCACCCAGCAGAUCAACGACCAGGGUACCCCCGUGAAUGUCUACAGCAUCAGUGACACUGCUGCUCGGGCCGAUAACGUGCCGGCUGCUUGCAUGGACCUGGCUACCGUCAUCCUCAGCGACCCUGCCCAGGCAGGUGGACCUGUCCCAACCCCGAUGGGCAGUUCUAGUCUUCAAUACAACGGUCUUAGUUCCAAGGAUAAGACCGACCUGCAGAACGCCCUCUCCAGGACUGGUUCUCGCACUUAA